UUCGUCCCAAUCUCGUCCGACAAUGGCGCCCGCACGCGCUCCUCUCGCCCGAACCGGACACGCAACUCCUCUGAACUCUGCUGUGACGGAGCCAGGCGGCAGCUGACUCGCCAAUCCUCCCCCGCCGCGAAUGGCAGUCCUCUCGCGCUCGGCUCCUCCCAGCCCGCCCUCGCAAUCUGCCAGAUACGAGCUGCGGGUGGUGUCCUUGCUCCCAUCCGAAAAUCCCUACCAACGGGCGCGGCGCGGCGAGGCCUGCUGCCCAGGCUAUUUCCGUGCAGCCUUUGGCGCUGCUCACGUUCGCCCUGCAUUUCCGUCGGCGUUGGCCAAGACUGUCCCGUGAGAACACCAGCUCGGUGGGAGCCGCUCAGUGCUGCAUCCGCGUUUGGAACACCCACCCGUCGCGCGUUCUGGUGUUCCAUCCGCUGCUGCCUGGCAUCACGACCCUCAUCUCAGAGGGCACCGCCGUGUACGCUAGAUGCCCGAUCCGGGCCACCUAAAGCUUGGUAUCAUAUCAUGAUGCAGCGGCGCUCGUUGAAUUGACAAUGGUGCGGAUAGCAUACUGACAU